CUGCGGCGCCGGAAGCGUCGGGCGCGGAUGCGGAAAGUAAACGUGUUGGUAGUCUCCCGGAGAGCGAUGAUGCGGGUAUGCUGGUUGGUGAGACAGGACAGCCAGCACCAGCGAAUCAAACUUCCACAUUUGGAAGCUGUUAUUAUUGGGCGCAGCCCAGAGACCAAGAUCACUGAUAAGAAGUGUUCGCGACAGCAAGUACAGUUGAAAGCAGAGUGUAACAAGGGAUAUGUCAAGGUAAAGCAGGUAGGGAUCAAUCCCACCAGCAUUGACUCAGUCGUGAUUGGGAAGGACCGAGAGAUGAAGUUGCAGCCUGGUCAGGUUCUCCACAUGGUGAAUGAGCUUUAUCCAUAUAUUGUAGAGUUUGAGGAGGAGGCAAAGAGCCCUGACCUACAUACACACAGGAAGAGAAAGAGGCCAGAUGACAAUGAUUCUGUGGAAAGGGAUGCUGCCCAGGAAGCUGGGAGCAGCCCCGGCCAAUGCUCUGUGCCCUCAAAGAACGGUGGAACUAGCAAAAAGGAAUCACUUGGCCACUGGAGUCAAGGCUUGAAGAUUUCUAUGAAGGACCCCAAAAUGCAGGUUUACAAAGAUGAACAGGUGGUAGUGAUUAAGGAUAAGUACCCUAAGGCCCGUCACCACUGGCUGGUCUUACCAUGGACCUCCAUUUCUAGUCUGAAGGCUGUGACAAAUGAACACCUUGAACUUCUCAAACAUAUGCACACUGUGGGGGAAAAGAUGAUUGCAGAUUUUGGUGGAUCCAGCAAACUCCGCUUCCGUUUGGGUUACCAUGCCAUUCCCAGCAUGAGCCAUGUACACCUUCAUGUGAUCAGCCAGGAUUUCGAUUCUCCUUACCUUAAAAACAAAAAGCAUUGGAAUUCAUUCACUACCGAAUACUUUCUGGAAUCACAAGCUGUGAUCAAGAUGGUACAAGAGGCUGGCAGAGUGACUGUCCGAGAUGGGACAGCUGAGCUUUUGAAGCUGCCCCUUCGUUGUCAUGAGUGCCAGCAGCUGCUGCCUUCUGUUCCACAGCUGAAAGAGCAUCUCAGGAAGCACUGGACUGAGUGACGCUGCAGAGCCUCAACUUCUGCCACAAGUGGCCAGUUGCAGUGAGCUGCGGGCUGUUCUGCAGCUCUUGUAGACUUCUGUUGGGUCCUGAAUUAAAACAUGUGGCUCUUUUUACAAAGCUUAUUUUAUUCUUGAGUGGCCAUAAGGCAGGUCUUAGUAUUUUCACAGAAAUAUUCUCCAGUGAGGGUGGCUAGGACAGAACCAAGCAUCAUCAUCUCCAGGACCCAUAUCAUGUCUGACUAAUGGGAUGGGAGAGGGAGCAAGGGCAUGUUUGGGCUCAUCUAUUGCAGGUUAUAGAAGCAGAGUGCCAGUCACUUAUUUUCUUAUUUAUUCCCCCGCCCCCAAGAAAAAAUUGCGUAGCACCUUUUUUAAAUCAAAGUGGUUAGAGUGGUCUGUUAUGUAUUUGAAGAUUCUGAGGGCCUCUUUUUCCCUCCGUGGGUAGGGUUAGUGGGUUAGUUCACACAGGGUCACCUAAUCCACACCCCCCCCCCCCCCCCCCCCCCCCGCCUUGCCUCAGGAAGUCUGUUUUACCAUAUAGUUUCCUCUUCACUGUGAGCAGUGAGCCUAGAUGAGGGGCUGGAGGGAAGAGUAUCAGGGCAAGAAAACAUUCAUCCAUGUUUAUGGCCAUUCAACAGCUAAGUCUUCUUUCGUAAAUAAAGUGUAUUUUUUGAGGCAUCUCCCAUAAGUGAUUGAAAAUGAUGGAAAUUCAGCUGACAAUCACAGGGUGAGUUCUAAUGCAUGAAAAGAUCACACACAAUCACAGUUUCAUUUUUCCCCCAAGAAGAAAUUUAGAUGGAACAGUUGUAUCAAGUUGGGUUUUGGAACAAUAUUAGAACUAAAAAUAAGGGCAAACAAAGGUUGCUUUGAUCAAAUUGUUGAUAUAUUUGGGGAUGACUUCUUUUUGCUGUUGAGUUGUUAAAGAAAAGAGCACCCUUAACCAAAGCUCUCUGGAGAGAAAACCUCAAUCUGUAGUGAUCACAUUGACCUCCGUGUUUGUCAAAGAUAAACAAGAUGCCACAUGCCA